UGUGGCAAGUUGAGCAGUAUAUAUACAAUCCAUCAAUAACUUGAUUUGUCUGUCGGAUGCUAAUCUGGACGCUUUGUUUAUUUUCUUGGAGUCCGUCUCACUUCUGAAGCCGAGAUCAUGAAGUACCCUUCAUUAUAUAUUAUCUAGGUGCAUAUAUAUGCACCUAAUGCCGUGAGAAAACUUAAAAUAAAACGUCUUCUCCAUAACUUGUCCAUUCCUCAGACGGUGAUGUGAAGUGAGAAAUUGUGAAUUUUAAGAGUAGAUGGUUUUCUCUAAGGAAAAACCUCUAGAUGCAGGUAUGAAGAGAACAGAAUCUGGAGGUCUAGAGUGUUACCUCGAGUAUGAAAAAUCGUUCACCAUGGGUUGUGUGGAAUACAUCGCAACAUUUGGGUCAGUUAUACUCUUGAUUAUGACGUUCCCCUUUUCACUAUUCUGGUGUUUCAAAGUCGUUCAGGAGUACGAAAGAGCUGUUAUAUUUAGGUUAGGAAGACUACGCACAGGGGGCGCCAGGGGUCCAGGUAUAUUCUUCAUUGUACCAUGCGUCGACAGCUACUGCAAGGUGGACCUUAGAACUGUAUCCUUCGAUGUACCACCACAGGAAGCACUGACUAAAGACUCCGUAACAGUAACAGUAGACGCAGUCGUUUAUUACAGAAUACAGGACCCCCUCAAUGCCGUCAUCAAGGUGGCGAACUAUAGCAACUCUACGAGAUUACUGGCGAUGACGACCCUGAGGAACAUCCUCGGGACCAGAAACUUGGCCGAAAUCUUGUCCGACAGAGAGGCGAUUUCCCACGCGAUGCAGACUUCCUUGGACGUGGCCACCGAUCCUUGGGGUGUCAAGGUAGAAAGGGUGGAAAUUAAAGACGUGAGCCUUCCUCAGCAACUGCAGAGGGCGAUGGCGACGGAGGCUGAGGCAACAAGGGAGGCUAGGGCUAAGGUUAUAGCUGCCGAAGGCGAGAUGAAAGCUUCUAGGGCGCUCAAGGAGGCUUCCGAUGUGAUCAAUCAAAGUCCAGCUGCGUUACAGUUGCGGUACCUUCAAACGUUGAACAACAUAUCAGCCGAGAAGAAUUCAACCAUCAUCUUCCCUCUACCAAUAGAUAUUUUGAGUUAUUUCUCCAAUAGAACAAACAACAUACAAAUGGUGUGAUUAUUUUAAAUGUAUGAAUAAAUAACAGUGAAAAAUU